AUGUUCGCUGCCAUGGCCAUCCUCCUCUCCUCCAUCGCUAGCCGGCUGAGGCUCCGCCGCAGGAACAAGAGGAUCACGUCCUCUUCGGGCAAUCCCCGCCCACCUUUCUUCUCCUGCGGCGGCGGCGGCGGCGGCGACACCCUCGGCCCUUUUGUGAAGCCCAAGACGACGAGGAAGCUCAAGGGGCCGUCCAGCAAAAGAUUCGCGGAGCAUGGUCAGGACGGCGGCACGGUGGACGACGACGACGUCGGCGAGCCGUGCCUGUGGCGGCGAACGAUACUGCUCGGCCAGAGGUGCCAGCCGCUGGAGUUCAGCGGGGCCAUACACUACGACAACGAUGGGCGGCGGCUCUGGCAUGCACGGACUCCGCUCCUGAGCCCCGGCCGUUCUUCGGAAUUCGGAUACAUUGGUAGGGCAUGA